GUUAAGUAUCAAGGCUCAUAAAAAAAUAAGUUUUAUAGCACAUUCUCUCUCAAUAUCUAAUGGUCCCCACAUAUAUCACUUCUCUCUCUCAAUAUCUAAUAAAAAAAAUUAUUAAAAAUGUCCACAUCCCCACAAAAUCUCGGCCACAACACUUCAAAUGAAAAAGUAAGUCAAUUUUCGAAUCUUCUAUCAAAAUCAAUUUUGUCCUAUAUUGUCUUUUUCUCUCUCUUCCUACACGAACCCUAGCCUCCCGUGUAUGCACAGAAUUUUCACGCCUCUCACUCUUUUGCUCAAGAAAAUUUCCAAGUGAAACCGUGUGUGCACACCAUUUCCCUCUCUUGUACAAGCUCAAAUUUCACCCAAUUUGAGAGCAAAAUUUCACCCAAUUUCACGCCUCUCACUAUUUUCUACAAACUACCUACCGUGUGUGUACCGUGUGUGGUUUGAAAAUUGAAACCCCAAAGCCGUGUACUCCAUAAUAGAGCAAAAACAACUUGGUGAAUUAUUCUAUCUUCUCAAUUAACAAUGAGUGAAACUGAAUCCGACUACUCCAGAGAGGAAGAACAGCCUGUAGAACGAGGCCAUCGCCCGAGUACAUCGAGGAGGGAAAAAUACCCGACGCCGAAUCCGCCUCCGAGGCAUGUUUGGUUACGUCCGUGCAUGCAAGGUUAUGCCGGACGAAUCAAUCACUAUGUAAAGGACACGACACUGAAGGAAGUGGAGACCUGUCUGACGCACUACCAGCGAUUGGAACAAUUUAAUCAAGGUCCGUUUGGGCAUUUACUUCAGUUGAAGAGGCAGGAUAGUGCGAAUGCCGCACUGCACCAUCUUCUUGCACGGGAGUUGUAUGACGAAGCAUUCGGUCCGUGGGAGAAGUGGUUCCACGUUGGUGGACACGACAUUCGAUUCGGCGCAGUGGAGUAUUGUCUGGUGACGGGGUUGUGUUUCGGGCCAUCCCCGCAGCGUUUUGAUCCUGAUGUGGAUCACCGUGUUGGGAAGCAGAGUCUAUGGCACCGAGUUUUGAAAGGCAAGAAGGUGGAAGUGAAGGAUCUGCGGAAGCGGUUCGUGAGCCGCAGUCUGGGCAACAGUGCCGAGGAUUAUUUGAAGGCGGCCAAUAUUCUCGUGGCGUAUGAUCUCAUCUUCUGUCGGGAUUAUAAAUACGUGCACGAUUGGGUGUGGGCACUGGUAGAGGAAGAUCAGGCAUGGUCCGACUUCCCGUGGGGCUCUUACUCAUUCCAGAUUUUGUGUCAUGGGAUGAGUGUGUUGAAGAAGCAUCCCAACGAGAUUACCGGUAAUAGGAAGACGUACCACUUCUAUGGGCCCAUAUGGGCAUUACAGAUUUGGUCGUACGAGGCCAUUCCGAGGUUGGGCCGCGCGUGUGGGAUGCGUGACACGAGGUUGCAGAUGCCACGAUUGGUGAACUGGACGACUUGGAAGUCGGCUUCUGACUUCACCCACUUUUUUGAUGCUCAUGAGAAAUGA